AUGUCCGACUCAGUCACUGACCCGGACCCGCUCGCUGCGGAGUCCGCGGGGACAGGGAAGAAGCGAACUCGCGUACAGUUCUCAUGCACAGCAUGUCGCUUCAGAAAAUUGAAAUGUUGCCGUACCUAUCCCUGCAUCAACUGUAAGAAGCGUGGUGAGGCUGGAUCAUGUACUUUCGUCGGUCGCGGACCGCGAGCCAAAGCCCAGCAUGGGCGAGCAAGUCCAACACUUGUGCAAGAUCGCCUCCAGCACUUGGAGAAUUUAGUCAUGUCAUUAGCGCAACAACAGAAACCUGAGAGUGAAAGUUUUAAUUUCAAUACUGAGCCACAUGAGACUCUCGUUGGCUACGAUACUCCCCCAUCCAUGAACGACCGUGUCACGAAGUCAUCGCCCCAUGAUACAGGUACUUUGGUCGUUGAUGAUGAGGGUACUAAUUAUAUUGAUAGUGCAAACUGGCGCGCUAUCCUAGAAGAGAUCAAUGGAGUCAGGGAAUACUUGGAUGAACAGGAAGAGAACUCCGAUAGUGAUGGAAUCGUAAAGGCGCCUUUCGAAAAUUGUUCUCCAGUUCUUCUACUUGGUAUUUCCAAACCAGUAACAAAACAAGAAAUCCUUGGGGAUAUCCCGUCGCGAAUGGUCGCUGACCGUCUCGUUUCGCGUUUCCUGAAAUCAUCUGAGCCCUCAUUAAUCGUUAUCCAUGUGCCAACAUUUCUGAAGGAAUAUGAGCGCUUUUGGAUCAAUCCGCAUGAAAUGUCAUUCACAUGGAUUGCAUUGUUAUAUGCCAUCAUGGCCCUUGCAGUUUCCUCGCACCAUCGCAGCGAGGAGCCUCUUCCAAUGAAAUCAGUGGACACAAUCAGCAUUUGGGAUGUUUUCAGGCGGCGAACAGCUCAGUGCCUGGUGCAAUCGAACUACUUGACCCCUGGCAAGUAUAAGGUCAAUGCGCUCUUUGUCUACGCAAUCACCGAGUUAUAUCGCAGUCAGGAUGGACAAAUAGGCGUAUCCCACAUAUUAAGUAUUGCCAUUCGACUUGCAAUGCGCAUGGGCUAUCACCGCGACCCAAGUCAUUACCCCAGCCUAUCUCCGUUUGAUGGAGAAAUGCGUCGGCGAAUGUGGGCCUUGCUAUGUCAACUCGACGUCCUGGUUUCGUUUCAAAAUGGUCUUCCUCGAACUAUUCAGCCUUAUUACCAAGAUGCUCAGUUGCCGUCUAACUUGCUGGACACUGAUUUUGAUGAGAAUACUGUUCAGCUACCACCAUGUCGACCAGCCGAAGACAGAACUCCCUGUUCCUAUACCCGAGCCAAAGGGCGUCUGAUGGAUGUGUUUGGACAAAUAUGCGACUCGGCCUACAGACGAGACCCAGUCUCAUAUGAAGAAAUUAUGGCGAUGAAUAAUCGACUUGAAGUAGCGCACGGUCAGCUACCUGCUUUCCUUCAAGUUCGAACGAUGGCCGAAUCUAUGGGAGAGCAAACCAACAUAAUACUGGCCAGGUAUACUCUCGAUUUGAUUUACCAGAAAUCACGCAUAGUUCUGCAUCGCCGUUACAUCACUGAAAGGCAGGGUACAUAUGCCAAUUCGCGAAAUAUCUGCAUUAGUGCUGCCAGUGCAUCAUUGCGGCAUCACAAAGAUCUUUGGAGCGAGAGCUUACCCGGUGGCCAACUUUAUAAAGAGCGAUUCCUUCUGAACUCUCUUCAGAACACUGAUUUUAUGCUUUCCGCUAUGAUUCUUUGUCUAGCACCAUUACAAAACAAGAACGAUGCGAACACUACCCCGGCUCAAAUUAAAGAGCAGAGACAGCUACUCUGUCUUUUGGAAAGUACUCACAAGAUUUUCAAGCGGACACGGCGCUCUCCAGAUACUCAGCGGGCAUUUAUUGCUUUAAGCAUUAUGCUUAGUCGAGUCAAAGGCUGUAGUGUUGAGAGCCUGACAUCAAAUUUAGAAGAGCUAGAAGACGAUCCAUACCAUUUAUUACCGAACCCAGCGACAGGCGAACCGCAACAGCCAACGCUAUCACCGGAUAAUAUGCAGGCCGCCGCCAUGCUUACAGACACUUCUCAAACGCCUUCCUAUUCAUCUCUCGAUGUGAUCAAUGAAAUGCUUAGCAUGCCUUCUGAAUUGGACUGGCGGAUGUAUGACAGCAGAAUGUACGGAUUUUCCACAGCACAGGACAAUAUGUGGACUCCAGAGCCAUCAGAGCCUACUCCAAUUCUGGAUUUUUCAAUGCCUCUCGAUUUCCAAAUGGAUGGGUAUCAGCCUCAGUAG